UGACGAAGCUGUCAUGAGGGAAGUUCAUUGUGUUAUGGUGAAGUGCAUGGUCAGAGCUUAAAUUACAUAGAGGUGGAGAUGUAUCGCCGUGCUCUUGGAAAGACCUUGGGCUUUGUGGGUUACACAAUCCAGUAUGGCUGCAUUGCUCACUGUGCUUUUGAGUACAUCGGAGAGUUCGUGGUGUGUUCUGGUCCGUCCAUGGAACCCACCAUUGUAAACUAUGAUGUCGUCUUCUCUGAACGCAUGAGUCGUCAUCUUUGUAAAAUAGAAAAGGGCGAUAUUGUAAUUGCCAAAAGUCCAUUUGACCCACAUAUGAACAUUUGUAAAAGGGUGAUUGGACUGGAAGGUGAUAAGGUCUGCACCAGUUCCCCAUCAGAUUUGUUCACGACCCACACAUUUGUUCCUAAAGGCCAUGUGUGGCUAGAGGGUGAUAACCUUAGGAAUUCCACAGACUCAAGGACUUAUGGCCCAGUUCCCUAUGCCCUCAUCCGAGGGCGUGUUUGCUUAAAGCUGUGGCCGCCGCAUAGGUUUGGCACACUGAGUGAAAGCCCAACCGAACGGAUCAUUAAAACGAGGGGUGACUCAGACUCAGAUUGAGUCAUCCUCUUUGUUUAUAUGCUGCUGUACUUGCUCUCAUUUCUAAAUAAAA